UGAAUGCCACACACACACACACUCAUUAACUCUGACUGGUUGCACGAGCCAUUUCCAUGCCUGAGCUGCCUGAUGACAUUUAUCAAUCAGGCAGCGAAGAAGGGGAAGGUGGCGUGUCACGGCAGGAGCACAGGCAACCCGACUUGCUCCAAGAUUCCAACUCGGCAGAAGUGGACGAAGCCAGGGAGCAGGCAGCUGCAAAGAUUCAAGCUAUACAGCGCGGCCGAGCCGUCCGCAAGAAUCUUGAAAAAGACUCUGCAGACCAAGUAGGGCCAGACUUUCUUGCUUCUGAAGAUCCUGCAGAGGACAAAGCCAAGGAGCAGGCAGCGGCGAAGAUUCAAGCUAUACAGCGCGGCCGAGCCGUCCGCAAGAAUCUUGAAAAAGACUCUGCAGACCAAGUAGGGCCAGACUUUCUUGCUUCUGAAGAUCCUGCAGAGGAUGAAGCCAGGGAGCAGGCAGCGGCGAAGAUUCAAGCUCUACAGCGCGGCCGAGCCGUCCGCAAGAAUCUUGAAAAAGACUCUGCAGACCAAGUAGGGCCAGACUUUCUUGCUUCUGAAGAUCCUGCAGAGGACAAAGCCAGGGAGCAGGCAGCGGCGAAGAUUCAAGCUAUACAGCGCGGCCGAGCCGUCCGCAAGAAUCCUGAUAAAGACACUGCAGACCGGAAAGAACCAGACUUUCUUGCUUCUGAAGAUCCUGCAGAGGACAAAGCCAGGGAGCAGGCAGCGGCGAAGAUUCAAGCUAUACAGCGCGGCCGAGCCGUCCGCAAGAAUCCUGAUAAAGACACUGCAGACCGGAAAGAACCAGACUUUCUGGCAUCGUCAGCUGCAACAUUGGGCGAAGCUAGGGAUGAGGCAGCAACAAUCACUAAACAGGUUGAUGGUAGCAGCAAGGCGGGCAGUAGCAAGGUGAGCAGCAGCAAGUUGGGCAGCAGCAAGGUGGGCAGCAGCAAGGUGGGCAGCAGCAAGGUGGGCAGCAGCAAGGUGGGCAGCAGCAAGGUGAACAACAGUAAGGCAGAUAAGGCAGAUAGCAGCAAGGCAGAUAGCAGCAAGGCAGAUGGCAAGGCAGGCAGCAACAAGGUCAGCAGCAGAGCCGGCAGCAAGGCACCUAGCAGGGCCGGCAGCCAAGCAGCAAAGAAGGGCCCACCGACUUCCAAACAGUCGGCAGUGUCGAACCCACAGCCUGCCAAUGCGGCCAAGGAGAAGCCAAGGUCCAAGUCGCCGCGGACGCCUCGAACUUUGCAGGCCGACAAAAGGGAAGGAAGUCCAGGACAACACAGCCUUACGCCGGGCCCCGCGUCCGCGCCAACAGGCUGGGAUUCGUCCACCUACAUCGAGGCGACCCCGGACAAGCCCAGCCUCUCCGCCCUCGAGCGGCGCCCGGGGUCACCGCCGGCCGAGGGCCAAGGCGCCCGGCGGAUGCUGAAGCCGGAUGAGCCGCCGCCAUGGGAACGGCUCUAUCAGCAAGCGCUCCAGGCCAAGGAAGCCGAGCCGGAGGCGCCGACGCCUGUCCCGACGCCCGUUACGCCGAAGGCGGCGCGGGGGCUGGAGGAUCAGGAAAUCUUCUGGUUGCGCAACGAGGUGCAUUUGUUGCGGCGGGAGGUGACGCGAUUGCAGCAAGAGCCGCCAAAGGAGCCGCCGGCUUCUGGUUCGAAGCCCAUGCAUUUCGGGAUGCACGACCUGCCCAAGCGUCCAGAGAAGGAGAAGGAGAAGGAGAUCAAGGAUCCGGAGCCUUUGUCGCCGACCAACGCGGAGAUCGUCACGUCCCUGCGGGCGGAAAGGGAUCGGCUGCUGGCAGAGGCCGCCAAGCUGAGAAGCGUCGCCAAGACAGAAAGACCCAAGGCGGCAGCCAGGAUGCCCAGCAAGCCCGAAGCUGCGCCGGAAGCGCCGGAGGCGCCCGAGCGGGCCAAGACCGCCCGUGCGCUCCAACAGGCAGGAUGGAACCAGAAGCUAAAGACAAAGCAGGAAGGCCGAAGCAGCCCGAGCCCAAGCCCGCGAAGCGUGCGCCAGGCAAGCCCAAAGCGAAGCCAGAGCCAGCGGAACUUGAGCAAGGCAAGCCCAGGGCAGGGUCCCAAAAGCCAGGGAGGCCAAAGCCAGCAGAACCUGAGCAAGAGCCCAAGCCAGCGGAGCAAGAGCCAGCAGAACCUGAGCAAGGCAAACAGCCUCGGUAAGGCCAGCAGCCAUGGCAAGGCAAGCAGCCUGGGCAAGGCCAGCCUGGGCAAGGCCAGCAGCCAGGGCAAGGCAAGCAGCCCGCGGCAGCGGAGCCAAAGCCCGAAAAGCCAAAGUCAGCAGCUGGGCAAGUCAACUCCACGGCAAACCCAGCGACAACAUGCCAGUCCAAGCAAGACACAGGCACAGCGAGGCCCAAGCCGCAGCCAAAGUCAGCGGAACCUCCGGGCAAGCCCAAGAGGAAGCCCAAGCAGAAGCAGAAGCCCAAGCUCGAGAUCCGGCUCGCGAUCCAGCCCAUCCCGACAGGCCCCGCGAAGCCGCGGUAGCAGCAGAAGCCAAAGCCCCAGGCAGAAGCCAAAGGCCCCCAGCUCUCGGAUCUUCGAGCGGCUCCACCGAGACCACGCCUACCGGCAGUGGGAGCUCGAGGAGCGGCGCGCGGAGGCGGCGGCGCGGGAGCUGCAGCUGGCGAAGGCGCUGCAGGGCCGCACUGUCACCGUGGCCUCCACCGCGGAAGCGCGGGCGGCGGGCACGCGGCUCCACGAGGAGGCCAGGCACAUGCAGACGCGGCUGGCCGCCAAGCGGGCGGAGCUGGAGGACCUCCAGGCCAGGGAGCCCCGCUUCGGCGAGCCCGCCGAAAGCGCCGAGGGCUCCACGGCGCGGGGGGCGCAGCUCUACGCGGCGGCGCUGCGGCGGCAGCAGCGGCAGGAGGAGCGGCGGCGGCUGCAGAGCCUGGAGGAGGAGCAGUGGAUCAAGGACCACGAUCUCCACAAGUUCAGCAGCCGUGAUGGAUGCGAACCGUAUACACGCCUCUACGAGGAUGCGAAGCAACGGAAUCAUCGCCUCUUCAUGAAGGGGCAGCUGAAGCUUGCGGAGGAGGCCCAAGGCGCGGUCUCGGUGCACGAGCCGCUGGGCGCGGACUUCGCCCAGCGGGUGGCGGAGCAGCGGGCGCGGUGUCUCUACCAAGACGCCCAGCAGCGCCAGGAGCGCCUGGAGGCGCGCCGGGAACUGGCCGCCGCCUGGGCCCCGGUUCCCGCGCGGAAGGCGCGGAAGCGGGAGGCGUCGCCGCAGGCGGAGACGCAUCCCCCGGUGCCUCACAGCGCCUUCGAGCGCGCGCGGGCAGCGGAGCUUUCCCCGAGCGGCUCGGCUCGCGGGAAGGCGGCGCUGAGCAUGUCUCAGCUGCUCAUGUCACGGGUCGGGCAAUCCCUGGGCCCGGCAUAGCCAGGCGGAGCCUUGCUAGGUGCCAAACGGCAAAACAACGCCGGAGUGGGUCUCUGGGGCCCCGUUUUUUUUGUUGGUUUUUUGUUUGUUUGUUUUUUUUUUCGUGCCGGA